UGUACAUUCGAAAAAAACUUAAAAAAUAAAUUAGAGAAAAAAUAAUUAAUUAAAAAAAAUUCAAGUAAAACCAUAAAGCAAUCAAACCAGCGCUUUGUCGCAUCUGCUUUUCGGUGUUAUACAACUCAAGUACUUUUUUUUUUUUAAGUCGCGCUUUUUGACAUUAUUUAUUGGCGUCCAACGCGAAACACACGAAAAUAAAUUUAAAAAGUAAUAAAAAAUAAAUAUAACUACACACACACUCAUAAAGACAACCAGCAUAGCGACGUGAAAACAACAAUGAGUAACCUUAACAACAACAACAAGCGCGCUGCAGCGAAAGUAAUUGCAACAUGCCUCAUCUUAAGCGUUUCCAUGCAAAUGUGUUGCGGCUCGGCGAUACCGAUUUGGGAAUUUUUAACGCGCAACGAAAAGAUGUCGUACCUCUACUCGACGUUCGGUCAAUUGGUCAGCGUGCACUGCAAAGCCACCGCCGCCAGCACAGCGAAGCCAGUGAACGAGUGCAAGCGCGACUUGCUCGCCUAUGGCUAUGAGAAACUACAAACGUUCAGCGACGCACAGUUGGAUCUGCUGGAUCCCUAUCAACGAGCCGCCAAUGAACUUAUUUGGUCUUCCAUCAUGCGCAAUCACCCAAGCUCAACACUGAUCACCACACGCAAACCCUUGCCAACCCCACCCGACUCUUCACUUAUCAUCCUCACACAUCAAAAGCCAGCCAAUACAGCUGGCUCGAUCAACACACACAGCCAAAAUCCACUCUUCGACGGCGAAGCCGACAACAAGCACAAAUUCGCAAUGGACAUGGAUAUUACCUAUGGCUAUGCCAACGGACAGAUAGAUAAUCAAAAAUCCUCUACCGAGACCUUUCUCAGUGGACCACUAGUGUUUCGUGUACGUCCCGAUGGCAGCCCCGUCGAGGAAGAUCAACAUAAACCGCUGCCACGUGAUGAUGACUUAGAAGCCUAUCAAUUAGCCGACACCACAGUUGUUGAUGGCGCCGCUGACGCAGCCAACAGUGGCGCACAGGCCACAACAGUGGUUGGGGCACAGCCAAAACAUCGCAAAAUCGCCAUGAUCAGUGAUCUUAAGCAGCAACAUUUGGCCUCAAUGGCUUUGCAGCGAGAUUUACAACCGCCUUAUGAACCGGCACGCUUGCGCCGUCAACCAGAACAGAGCGUGGCUACUGCUGGACGUGCAAUUCCACUGACCCAAUCGUUCCACGGUCUGCCCUUUGCCGGCUACUACUAUGCCAAGGGUCAGGCGUAAAAUUGCAUUGAGCGCAGAGGGAAGAGGAGUGCAGAGAGGAGAAUGUGCUCGAUUAUGCGAAAAUAGAAGAAAAUUAGCUUAGAGCAUCAGCAUUAAGCUUAUUGUGUUGCAGAAUUCAGGCGAAUUCUUUAUCAGCCUUUGAUACAAUUUAUGUAUGAAAUUGCUGCUUAGAAUUCGAAUCAAAUUAAAUGAAUUAUGUUAUAUUCUUUGGAAAAAUAGUUUUCUAAAAUCAUCAUAUAUCAUUCAUAAAUUACAUUAUUUACCACAAUCAAUAUAAUUUAAAGUAUAGUUAGUAAAAUUAUUGGUGUGCAUGAGCUUGUGUCUGUAUAUUUUUAUACAUGUGUAUA